AUGCAAAUCACAGCGAAUAUCACAGACGACGAUGAGGAAGAUAGUGAUUCCGACUCAGAUUAUGAACCCAAUGAGGAAACCGCAUUGGAAACUUAUACCACUCCUCUCGACGAAGAUAAUUGCGAAAUUGAUGAAUAUUUUGUGUUUAAAGAAGUCAUGCAAAGACUACAAAGUACAGAACCAGAAUGGUAUCAAGCUUUAACCAAUAACCUUACGGAACAACAGAGUAAGGCUCUUAUGGAAAUUAGUUUAUUAGCUGAUCAACGAAAGGCGGCACGCGAAAGUAAAAAGAUUGAACAACAAGGAGGUUUGUACUUUCGUUAUAUUCCGAGGCUAUUCCCUAAUCUAAUGCACCUGUAUUGUAAUUACCGGUGUGUCUUGAUAAUUAGGGACAGAUUACAUUUACCACAGUACGGCUUAAUGGUGAAAAUACCAUUAAGAUAUGUCGUUUGGUAGUACAACUUUUGUUUA